AUGGAGAUGGAUGACAGCACGGAAUCCGGUUCUUUAAGCGGCAACCCGGAGUCCUAUUCGCCGCCGUUGAGUGGCGCCGGAGACUAUUCCGCCUCCGGAGGUGGCGGCGCCCCGAGGCUGAUAAACGUGAACAUAAGCGCGGAGCAUGCCCCGGCCGUGGAAUCGGGCGGUGGAGCCGUCUCCGGCGGGGGAUUUCCGGGCGGUGGACCCUCCGGCGGUCCCGGCGGCGGCAACGGAGAUUUAACGGCGGUAAAGAAGAAAAGGGGGAGGCCCAGAAAGUACGACGCCGAGGGGAACCUAAACCCGGCGUACAUAAAGUCGCCGCCUUUGGCUGCGGCGCAGCCGCCGCCGCAGGCGGGGUUUACGCUGUCGACGCCGCCGUCGUACGAGUACUCGGUGGGCCCUAAAAGGGGGCGCGGCAAACAUCAUUCAGGGCACACGAGCUGGCCGGUUCUUGCUUCCUUGGGUGAAUUGUUUGCAAACACAGCAGGAGGGGACUUUACACCCCAUGUGGUAACUGUACAUACUGGAGAGGAUGUUGCUGGGAAGAUACUCACAUUUGCACAGAAGGAUCAUAGAGGAAUUUGUGUUCUCUCUGCUAAUGGAUCGGUAUCGAAUGUUACCCUUCGCCAGCCGGGCUCGUCAGGAGGCCUGUUGACAUAUGAGGGCCGUUUCGAGAUUUUAACAUUAACGGGUUCUUACACGAUUUCUGAUAAUGGUGGAAUGAGAAGCCGUAGUGGCGGAUUAAGUGUGACGUUAGCUAGCCCAGAUGGCCGUGUGAUUGGUGGUGGUGUAGCAGGUUUACUCAUGGCGGCUAGUCCAAUACAGAUUGUGGUUGGAACUUUCGUGCCCAACGGGUUCAAGGUCCCGAAAAGGAAGUACCAAACAGAGCCCAAAAGUGUCCCGACAAGUGCUCCGGCUACAAUCACAGCCGCAAGGCCCAUAUCACAGGCCCCGCCUGAGAUCAUCAGUUACCCGGCCCAAAAAUCACAGUUUCUUGUGGGCCCACAAAAUCCGGGCUCGGGCCAAACCGACAGCUCCUUCAGCCACAAGGGCUUGCAAAACCCUGCACCAAAAGAUACUGCCAAGUGGAAUGGGCCUGGGCCGGGCUCUGCACAUAGGCCAUCUCCCGAUAUUAACAUCUCCAUUCCAUUUGACGAGCAUUGA